AUGGGCUGGCUUUUACCCGCUUUGAAACAGGAUUUAUUUCUCAUUCAAUAUGGGAUCAGGCGGAAAUUAUUAGAGAGAAAGGCUCGAAGUCAAAAUCUCACGAUGCUGGAUUUUCUGGAAGAUUGGGCACGAAAACAGCCCAAUACCAACUUUCUGAUCCAGGGGAAAGAAAAGCUCACUUACCAAGAAACUCUUAAUGAAAUGAACAAGGAACGGAUUCCCAGAAUAAUAUUUGUAGUAAAUGGUUCAUCAUAA